UGCCCACCUCGGCCUGCCACAGUGCUGGGAUUACAGGUGUGAGCCACCGCGCCCGGCCCACCUGGGACUUUGUUGUUGUUGUACAAUAGAAACAGGGUCUCUAUAUGUUCCGCAGGCUGGUCCAAACUCCUGGGCUCAAGUGAUCCUCCCACCUAGACCUCCCAAAGUGCUGGGAUUUCAGGCAUGAGCCGCUGUGGCCGGUCAGAACCUGGGGGCCCUUUUUGAACUUUGAUUCCUCAGCAAUUUUGUCCGCCCUGGCUGGGGCUGAGAAGCCCCCGUGAAGCCCAGAGAGGGAAAGGGACCUGACUAGGGUCACACGGGAAUCAUGCCUCAAGCCUCCCCAACCACGAACUUGUGUCCCUCCACCCAGGGCAUUUCAUCCCCUGCAGGGCAGUGGCCUGCCCCUCCUCCUUGCAGCCAGGAAGGGAUGCAAUGCCACAGGGAUCUGGCUGUGUCCCAGGCCCUGUGGGGCUGGCAGUUGAGUAAGCAGUCAGGCUGGGUGCACCCAUCCCUCCCCUCCCCUUCCCCUCCCCUCCCUUCUCCCCCCCAUCCACUGUCCGCCAGCACAGUGCAUUCAUGCAGCUGGGCCCCGCCCCGUCUCCAGAGGCACCUCCCGCUAGCAACAGUCUCCCCAGGCACGACACAGCUAACAGAAGGCCCGGCAGGCAGGACUCUGGGACAGACGCAGGCCAGGUGCCAGCUGCCCAGACCGAGCAUGGACGCUGUGGACGCCACCAUGGAGAAACUCCGGGCGCAGUGCCUGUCGCGCGGGGCCUCGGGCAUCCAGGGCCUGGCCAGGUUUUUCCGCCAACUAGACCGGGACGGGAGCAGAUCCCUGGAUGCUGACGAGUUCGGGCGGGGUCUGGCCAAACUCGGGCUGGUGCUGGACCAGGCGGAGGCAGAGGGUGUGUGCAGGAGGUGGGACCGCGACGGCAGCGGGACGCUGGAUCUGGAGGAGUUCCUUCGGGCGCUGCGGCCCCCCAUGUCCCAGGCCCGGGAGGCAGUCAUCGCAGCUGCAUUUGCCAAGCUGGACCGCAGUGGGGACGGCGUAGUGACAGUGGACGACCUCCGCGGGGUGUACAGUGGCCGUGCCCACCCCAAGGUGCGCAGUGGGGAGUGGACCGAGGACGAGGUGCUGCGCCGCUUCCUGGACAACUUCGACUCCUCUGAGAAGGACGGGCAGGUCACGCUGGCGGAAUUCCAGGACUACUACAGCGGCGUGAGUGCCUCCAUGAACACAGAUGAGGAGUUCGUGGCCAUGAUGACCAGUGCCUGGCAGCUGUGAGCAGCUCCGGGCUCAGCCCUGCUGCCCUGGCCUGUCACCCCCACCCCCGCUGGAGACCUCCCUUCCCUGGGCCUCUUCUCUCCUGGGCAGCCACACCACAGAGCGGGGAGGGGCAGGUGGGGGAAUAGAGGCUGCAGGACCGGCUAGACCAGGUCCCUGCUGGGCCACCAGGGGGAGGAGGGACAAAGGUCCUAACACGAGUCACUGGCUUAGGACCCCAGGGAGAAAAGCUGUCCCCACCCACGCCAUGCUGACCUGAGGCCUUGCAGCCCCUGUGGAUGCCCCCGCCAAGGUCCCCUGAUCCCCCCACCCGGCCUGCUGCUCCCACCCCUCCCUUGCGCGUCCCCCAGGAAGCCAGGCAAGCCCAGGUGGGAGGCGGUGCGUGGAGGCUAUCCUGGAAGGCAGUCUGGACUUGCCCAGGUGUGGAGCGAGGGGCAAGGGGACAUCCUAACCUCAGAAACAAAAAAAAAAAAGCCUUUGAAAAAAACAUCUGUAAAACAUCAACCCCCAAUCAGAAGAUGGCAAUGGGGAAUAAAAUAGUAGUUCACAUGU